AUGGAUGAAUCCGAAAAGGUUGAAGCCCUCGCCCCCUCUCGGCGCGAACUCGACCAGAUAUGGCACCGCAAUGCUUCCGUACUAGACCAGAUGCCAGGGCUGGUCCACGACCUCAUCAGCGAGGUGGCCGCAGCGCAGCCCGGGGCGUUGGCGGUCUGCGCCUGGGACGGCGACCUGACCUACCGCCAGCUCGACGAGCUGUCGACCAGCCUGGCCCGGAGGCUGGUCGGGCUGGGCGCGGCCCCGAGGUCGACCGUCCCGGUGCUGUUCCCCAAGUCGCGGUGGACCAGCGUCGCCAUGCUGGCCGUCGUCAAGGCGGGGUGCAGCGCCGUCGCGCUCGACGGCACCCAGCCCGACUCCCGGCUGCGGUCCAUCGUCGGGCAGACGCGGCCGCCGCUGGUUGUCGCGGCGGCGAAGUACCGCGGGAGAGCGGCUGGGCUGGCGGGCGGCGUGCCGGUGGUGCAGCUGGAUGAUUCGUUCUUGGAGGCAGGGGCUGGUGAUGCAGUGGCAAAACUGCCCGCCGUCUCUGCGUCCGACACGGUCUACAUUUCUUUUACCUCGGGAACGACCGGACAGCCCAAGGGCGCUUGCAUCAGCCACGCCAACGUCAGGAGCGCGGUCCACUACCAGGGGCGGGACCUCGGCUUCAGUCGGGAGUCGCGCGUCUUUGACUUUGCCCCUUACUCGUUCGACGUGGCGUGGAGCAACUUUCUGCACACGCUGUGCGCCGGCGGCUGCCUCUGCGUCGCGUCCGAGGACGACAUGCUGGCGGACCUAUCAGCCGCCAUCUCUGCAAUGGGCGCAACGCUGAUCAACAUCACGCCGACCGUCCUCCGCACCAUGCGCGUGGUCCCGCCCAGCCUCCAGUCGGUCCUGCUGAGCGGCGAGACGCCGUACCGCGAGAACGUGACGCAGUGGGCGGGCAGGGUCAGGCUCGUAAACACCUACGGCCCGACCGAGUGCACCUUCAAGUGCGCAUUUGCAGAGAUCGACCCGGCGCAGCAAGACCGGCCACAUCUCGGAAUGGGGGCGGCCUUUGCCCUCUGGAUCGUCGACCCAGCCGACGCCACCAAGCUCGCUCCCGUGGGCUCCGCCGGCGAGCUGUACCUCGAGGGCCCGCUCGUCGGCCAGGGCUACCUGGCGGAUCCCGACAAGACCGCGUCCGCGUUCGUCCACGACCCGCCGUGGCUGCUCGCAGGCAGCAGCACGCACCCCGGUCGACGCGGGAGGCUGUACAAGACCGGAGAUCUGUUCCGGUACGACGCGCAGGGCAAUUUGCUGUUCGUCGGGCGCAAGGACACGUCGCAGCUCAAGAUCCGCGGCCAGAGGGUGGAGAUUGGCGACGUGGAGCACGACGUUCUCAGCCUGGACGCCUCUUGCAUCAGCACCAACGACGGCUUCCUCCGCCUUGGUGGCGACUCCAUCUCUGCCAUGCGGGUGGUGGCAGCGGCGAGGGCGGAGGACAUGUCGAUAACUGUGGCUGAUUUGUUUCAGAGGCCGACGCUGGCCGAGGUGGCUGAGGCGGCUCGGACGCGGAUCUGUUCCCCCGAUGAGCAGCCUGUUUUGCCAUUUACAUUGCUUAAAGGCUCGAGAGAUCCAGUGAGCAUAUGUGAAGAUGUGGCAUCCCUCUGCGGAGUGGCAUCGGCAGACGUUGAGGAUGUUUACCCAUGCACGCCACUGCAGGAAGGAAUGCUUGCGACAUCAGCCAAAAGCGCAGGGUCGCAGACUCAAAGCGAUGCGACCGAUUAUAUCUCCCGGGUCGCAUAUGAACUGCCGGCGGAAAUAGACCUAGAUGAGUUCAAAGAGGCUUGGGCUCGGACCGUCCAGCGCGCCUCCAUCGUGCGGACGAGAAUCGUCGAUAUACCCAGCGAAGGCCUCGUGCAGGUCCUCAUCAGGCGCCCCAUACCACUCGACCGCUUUUCCAGCGUCGAUGAAUUUCUCCAAACGUCCACCCCCAUGGGCCUGGCGACUCCGCUGUGUCGAUCCGGGGUGGUCGUGGCGAAAUCCUCCCCCCGGCACUUGCUUCUACUCGAAAUGCACCACGCCAUAUUCGACGGCUGGGUCACCAAGCUCAUCGUCGAGGCCCUCGAGUCCGCCCUUGUCAAAUCCACCCCGGAAAGGCCCCUCGCUCCUUUCCAACCCUUCAUCCGCCACGUCUUGGCAAGCGACACCCCCGAAGCGGCAGCCUUUUGGCAGAACCAACUCGCCGACUCGACGGCCGCACAAUUCCCCCCACCACCACCACCCAGCCACCAGCCCUGCCAGAAGCUCGACCUGAGCCACGCCGUGCGCGAGCUGCAGUGGGCGCGGCGGUCGGGCAUCACGCCGUCGACGGUGGUGCGGACGGCGCUGGCGCUGCUGCUGGCGUCGCACACCAACUCGAGCGAGGUCGUGUUCGGCGCCACCGUCAGCGGCCGCACGGCGCCCCUGAACAACAUCGAGUCCAUCGCCGGCCCCACCAUUGCCACGGUGCCCGUGCGCGUCAGGCUCGACUGGGACCAGACGGCGCGGGCGCUGCAGCGGCAGGUGCAGCAGCAGGCGCUCGACACCAACCGCCACGAGCAGUACGGGCUGUCACGCAUCCGGCGGAUCAACGACGAGGCGAGCCGGUUCCAGCUGCUGCUCGUCGUGCAGCCUGGAGGAAGAGACCGGUCUUAUCUCUUCGGGCAGGCUAAGAGCAUCGUCCGCACGGCCGACGACGCGGGGUCGGAUGACGUACAGCUUGUGGCCAAGGAUGGCGACAUGGACAGCGUCGGGAUGCACAACCCGUACGCCAUGAUGAUUAUAUGCCAGCUGCAGAGCGCGGGGCUGGUUCUGCGCGUCAACUACGACCCGGGAGCCGUGGAGACGGCGGCGGUUGGGCGAAUGUGCGUGCAGCUGGAGCAGCUGAUCCGGCAACUGUGCGACGAGCAGCUCGCCGAGUCGACGCUGCGCAGCAUCUCGCCCAUCACCAAGCAGGACCUCGGCCAGAUAUGGAGAUGGAACCGGGCCGUCCCGAAAGCCGCCGUCGGGUUCGUGACGAGCAUGAUAGACGAGUGGGCCACCACGAACCCGGACGGUCUGGCGGUCGCCUCUUGGGACCGGAGUCUGACUUACAGGCAGCUCAGGGAUUUAUCCGAGCACCUUGCCUACCGUCUGCUGCAUCAAGGGGGAGGAGUGGGUCCUGGGUCUUUGGUGGUGUUGAAUUUUGACAAGUCUUCGUGGCUGGUCGUCUGCAUGAUGGCCACCUUGAAGAUGGGCGCCACCGCACUGCCCCUUUCCUCACCCGCGACGACCCACCGGGCCCUGGAGAUAAUCGAGGCCGUGCAGCCAAAGCUGGUCCUGACCUCAGGCCCGGCAGAAGAGAGCCCGUUCUACACAAAGGUGCCCACAAUGUCCGUUUCGGACCUCACCCCCAACGAGGAGUGGCUGCACGUCCCCGAGCCGCACACCGUCACCCCGUCGGACCCGGCCCUGGUCCUCUUCACCUCGGGGUCGACCGGGACGCCCAAGUCGAUCCUGUGGAGCCACGAGACGCUGUCGAGCAACAUCUGCGCGGCGCGCGACUCGUUUGGCAUCACGGCGCAGAGCAGAGUCUUGCAGUUCGCGGGCUACGAGUUCGACGUGAGCACGGUGGAGUCGCUGGCGGUCCUGUCUGCGGGCGGCACGCUCUGCAUCCCGUCCGAGGCGGACAGGACGAACCGGCUCGGCGAGGCCGUGACUGAAUUCCAAGCCAGCUGGGUGUGCCUCACACCGUCUGUGUCCGAGACCCUGGACCCGCGGGAGCUCUCCUCGCUCAAGACGCUGGUGUUUGCGGGCGAGAAGCUGCAGCGCAAGACUGCGUCCAGGUGGGUCGGGACGCUGGAGGCGGUUUACAACUGGUACGGGCCGGCCGAGGCGUCGGUUGCUACCUGUUGCCUGCUGCAAAAGAGCGAAACUUGCAACAGCAGCCCCAGCCCCCUCACCAUCGGAAAGAGCAGCAGCCGCGGGCUGGUCUGGCUGGUGGAUCCGAAAGAUCGAAACCUCCUCUCCCCGAUCGGCGCUGUUUCAGAACUCUGCAUCGAGGGUCCCAUCGUCGCCCAGUACGCCGGGCAGAACAGCCAGCGCCUCAACGAAGAGUCCUUCUUCUCGCCCCGCUGGCUUCAGGAGGGCCACGAGGAGCUCGAGAUGAGCGGACGCGAGGCACGGCUGUACCAGACCGGUGACCUCGUCCGGUACGACGGCUGCGGGCGGGUGGUCUUUAUCGGCCGCAAGCACGAGUCGCAGAGGAAGCUCAGGGGCCAGAGGGUGGAGCUCGGCGAGAUCGAGCUCCGCGUGCACGAGUUUCUAGCGGGCCGGCUCGAGGCGACCGUGGUGGCCGAGAUAUUCUGCCCGGACAAGAGCGACAAGGAGACGCUGGCGCUCUUUGUCAGCCCCCUCAGCCUCCCGGACGACGCGGACAACGUCACCGACCAUCUCAAACGCGCACUGCCGGUGGACGAGCUAGAACAAGCGCUGCUGGAAUCCCUCCCGCCCCACAUGAUACCCAAGGUCUACGUACCCCUUGCCAAGAUGCCCACGAACCACUCGGGCAAGACGGACAGGCGCCGUCUGCGUCAGAUGGGCAGCUCCAUCGCGCGCGCCGAGCUGGCAGCGAUGCAGCCCUCACGUAAGGCGGCGAGGCAGCCGUCCACGGCGAUGGAGAGGCGGCUGCAGCAGCUGUGGGCUGACGUCAUCGGCAUCGAGGCGGGCGCCAUCCACGCCGGCGACAACUUCCUGCGUCUGGGCGGCGACUCCAUCACCGCCAUGCGGCUGGUCGCCUCGGCGCGCCACCAGGGCCUCGCCCUGACCGUCGCGGAUGUGUUUCGGUCGCCUUUGCUGGAGGACAUGGCCGAGUGCGUCAGGAAGGACUGCUUGCUCUGGGGACGAGAAAGCAUGGGCAACCCGGAAAGGCUGGCGGUCGCAUGGUCGGCCACCGUGGCCAACCUGCCCCUGCUGAGGACGCGCAUCAUCGACCUGCCCGGGCAGGGCUUGGUGCAAGUUGUGCUGGACGACCUUCCCCUCCAACCUGUCGACGACCUGGAUGCUUUCCUCCGCAGGGACCAAGAGACGCCGAUGGGCCUGGGCACGGAGCUCUGCCGCGCCGCCAUGGUCGACCGCAACUUUGCCCUCACCAUGCACCACUGCACAUAUGACGGCAACACGCUCAAGAUGAUCCUGGAGGAGCUCGAGCGGCAAUACCUAGGCCGGCCUGGGCUGUCCACAACACCCUUUCAAAACUUCAUCCACCACGUCGGCAAGAUGGACAAGGCCAAGUCUGCCGAGUUUUGGAAGCAGCAGCUGUCCGGCAGCGAAGCCGCCCAGUUCCCGGCGCUGCCCCGGGCGACCUACAAGCCGCAGGCCGACCAGCGCCUGCAGCACGACAUAGCCCUCACCUGGCCCAGGGCGGGCGUGACCCCCUCGACCGUGGCGCGGUCGGCCUGGGCGCUGCUGGCGGCGCAGCACACGCGAUGCGACGACGUGCUCUUCGCGGUGACGGUCAGCGGCAGGCAGGCCGGCAUGCGGGGGAUCGAGAGCUGCGCGGGGCCGACGAUAUGCACGAUCCCCGUCGCGGUGCGGAUCGACUGGGCCGAGACGAUCGGGGGCUUCCUCGCGCGGCGGCAGAGCGCCAUGGCGGAGGCGACGGCGCACGAGCAGCUGGGCCUGCAAAACAUCUACCGCGCGGCGGGCGACGGCCUCGACCCCCGCCACGUCCAGACGCUGCUGGUCGUGCAGCCCGUCGCCGAGGGCAGGGCGCUGGACCGCGACGGCCUGCUGUUCCGCGCCCGCUGCUUCGCCUCCAGCCUCGACACGCUCGGCGUCGACCCCUUCAACAACUACCCGCUGCAGGUGGUGUGCGAACUGAGGCCGGAUGGCAUGCGGCUGCGCGUGAGCUUCGACGCCGGGGUCCUGGACCCGCUGCAGGUGCGGCGCAUGGCCGGCCAGUUCGAGACGGUGCUGCGGCAGCUGUGCGACGAGGGCAUGGCGGCGGUCCGGCUGGGCGCGAUCCAGACCGCCAGCGACGAGGACCUCGCGGUGUUUUGGGCUCAGAAUGCCCAAGUCCCCCGCGGGGCCGACGCGCUGGUGCACGACUCCAUCGCCCUCGCGGCGAGAACGCAGCCUGGAUCGACGGCCGUGGACGCGUGGGAUGGACGCUUCACGUACCGGGAGCUGGACGAGCUGUCCACGCAGAUGGCCCACGCCUUGGCUGGCAUGGGUGUUGUCGAGGGGUCCGUCGUUGCCAUAUGCUCGGAAAAGUCGAAAUGGGUCCCGCUCGUCCAGGUCGCCGUCUACAAGGCCGGCGGCGUGACCGUCUUGCAGUCCGUGGCGGUGCCGGAGCUGCGGAUGGCCAAGGUGUUUGAGAGAAUCGGGGUGAAGCUGGCCGUCGUCUCGGAAUCCCGCCUCGAGGUCAUGUCCAGGCACGCCCGCUGCUGCACCAUUGAUCAGCUCCUGCGCAUCUCUUCACCAGACAGCCAGGACAAAACCCAGCAGCCCGCGGCCUUGCCACUCCUACGAAUGAGCAGCCCAGCAGCCAUACUAGUGUCGUCGGGCAGCACGGGCGAGCCGAAGCAGGUCCUCUGGAGCCACGGCACCCUCUCGUCCAACGCCAAGGCGCACGGAGAAUACCUGGGCGUCGACGCCGGCACGCGCGUGUUACAAUUUGCAUCGUACGACUUUGACGUCAGCACCAUCGAGACCGCCUCGACGCUCGUGCACGCGGGCUGCCUGUGCAUCCCCUCCGAGGCGGAGCGGCUCGACGGGCUGGGCGGCGCCAUCAACCGCCUCCGCACGGACUUUGUCAACAUCACCCCGUCGACGGCCAAGGCGCUGAGGCCCGAGGACGUGGCGGGCACGCUCAGGACGCUCGUGCUCUCCGGAGAGAACCUGGCCGGCGAGGACGUGCGCAGGUGGAAGGGGACCUGUCCCGUGCUCAACUGGUACGGCCCCGCCGAGCACCCGGCCACCGUGCUGACGGCCAGCGACGAGUCCUGGUACACGGGCGUCAUCGGGCAGGUCUGCUCCAGGCAGCCCGCCCUGUGCUGGCUGGUGGACCCGGAGCACCCCGACAGGCUGGUUCCCUUUGGCACCGUCGGUGAGAUUGCCCUCGAGGGCCCGCUCGGUGCGGACGGCUACGUUGCCAACGACGCCAUGACGAGGCAGCGCUUCCACGAGACUCCCAGAUUUCUAGCUGCCGGCCACGGAGAGGUUCCAGGGAGGCAGGGCCGCAUCUACUACUCUGGAGACCUGGGGCGGUACGACAGCGCCGGCAACCUCGUGUACAUGGGGCGGAAGGACGCCCAGCUCAAGAUUCGCGGCCAGCUGGUGGCCCCUGAAGAGGUCGAGGCGCAGAUACGGACCUGGCUGAACGACAAUAACAAUAACAAUAACAAUAAUAUUAGCAAUAGCAAUAGCAAUAACAAUAGCAAGCCCGAGGUGGUGGUGGACGUCGUAUCACGAGCCGGCAGCAAGCACACGCUCGUUGCCUACAUAACCGCCGAGACCGCAGAGCUAGAGCUAAUGACGUCGGCGUUGACGACAAAGCUCGAGGCCACGCUGCCGAGAUACGCCGUGCCCUCGUACUACAUCCCCGUGCCCGCCAUCCCCACCAACGCAUCGGGCAAAAAGGACCGCAAGAGGCUGAGGGAGAUUGGCAGCGCGUACGAGCCGCCCAGGAGCACCCCGGCCAGUGGACGCUGGGAGCCGACCACGACGGCGGAGCGGACCCUCCGCGAGCUGUGGUCGACGGUGCUCAAGAUGGACCCCGAGGCCAUCUCGGCGGGCGACAGCUUCCUCCGCGUCGGCGACUCCAUCCAGGCCAUGCGGCUCGUGGGCUUGGCGCGGCAGCAGGGACUUGUGCUCACCGUGGCUGACGUUUUCGAACAUCCGGUGCUUGAGGAUAUGGCCAAGUGUGUAAGAAACAGGGUGGACAAAGACGGGGAUGACGAAGAUGGUGUUGCGCCUUUUACGCUGCUCCGCGAGGGCACAGACCAGCAGGCGGUGCGCCGGGAAGCUGCAGAAGCUUGUGGUGUGGACGAGGACGAUGUGCAGGAUGUCUUCCCCUGCACGCCGCUGCAGGAGGGGCUCUUGGCCCUGACCAUCAAGUCCCCUGGGGCCUACACCGGCCGCAACGUACUGCAGCUCACCCCAGCCCUGGACCUGGACCGGUUCAAGCAGUCUUGGGAGGGAGUUUGUGCCAUGAUGCCGAUCCUGCGGACGCGCAUCGUCCAUCUGCCCGACCAAGGCCUGGUGCAGGUCGUCAUCCGUGAAAAGGAUUGCUGGUGGACAGAUGCAGCAGAUGUGGAAGAGCAUAUUUCCAAGGACCAAAAAACCCCCAUGGGCUUGGGCUCGCGUCUUGUGAGAUGCGCCGUCAUCUCAGGGGCUGCCUCGGAAAGUGGCCAAGGGUGCUUUUACUUCGCCCUGACCAUGCACCACUCCGUGUACGACGGACUGACCAUGCCGGUGAUCCUGGAGGCGUUGGAGAACAUCUACCACGGCUCCACCCCACUGCAACCCCUUCCCUUUCAGACCUUUGUCAAGUACAUCCAGGAGCGCGACAAAGAAGCCGAGGCCACCUUUUGGAAAUCGCAAUUCUCGGGCCUCGAGGCCGCGCCGUUCCCCAGCCUGCCGGCGCCAGACUACGAGCCCGCGACGGACUCGCAGCUGACGCACCACGUCGCCGACGUCAGCUGGAGGGCCGACGACGCCAGCCCCUCGACCACCCUGCGCGCCGCCUUUGCGCUGCUGUGCUCGCGCUACUUUAGCUCGGCCGACGUGGUGUUUGGCGCCGUCGUCGCGGGUCGAAAGGCGCCCGUCGGAGGGAUCGAGAGGGUCGUGGGCCCCACCAUCGCCACGCUGCCCGUGCGGGUCAGGCUCGACGCCGAGGCCACGGUCCUGCGGCUGCUCGAGGCGGUGCAGCGCCAGGCCACCGACAUGAUCCCCUGGGAGCAGGCCGGGCUCUCGUCCAUCCGCCAGCUCGGAGAGGAGGCCAGCCGCGCCUGCCAGUUCCAGACCUUGUUGGUGGUUCAGCCUGGGGCGCAGCAGACAUUCCAGGAGGGGGGUUUGUUUGUUUCUGAGGCGGAGAAUCAGAGGUCCGACAGCGGCGCCUUCGACUCUUAUGCGCUCAGCCUGGUUUGCACGCUCGAGGCCGGUCGACUGUCGCUGGAUUUCCGCUUCGACUCCAGGGUCGUAGACCGUGACACCAUCGAAAGGGCAGCUCACCAUUUGGAGCACCUUGUGAGACGCCUCUGCACUUCCGAGCUCGACCAGACGCCCCUCGGCGAAAUAGCCCUGACCACGGACCGGGACCUGAAUCAAAUCUGGAGAUGGAACGCCGAAGACUUUGCGCGCGUCGAUGCCUGCGUCCAUGACCUCGUCUCGCAAACCGCCAGGGCCCAUCCGCAGGCGGUAGCGGUCUCUGCCUGGGAUGGCGAGGUGCGAUACCACGAGUUGGACGCUGUCUCUACCGUCUUGGCGGCCCGUCUCGUCGAGAUGGGCGUGGUCCGCAACACGGUCGUUCCGCUGGUCUUUGAAAAGUCCAUGUACGGUAUGGUCGCUCUGCUAAGCGUUCUCAAGGCCGGAGCCGGCGUGCUGCUGCUGGACUCGACCCUUCCCGAGUCGCGCCUCCAGGCAAUCAUAACCCAGACGAAUCCCGCCGUCGUCGUCAGCUCGGUUGCCAACCAGGACCUGACCUCGAGACUGGUCCAGCCCACCACCAAAACAAUGCCCCUUGGCCCCGAUUCCUACGCCACACUACGAGGCACGACCCGCACGAGUGACUUGCCGUUGCAGCGCUGCCUCGACAAGCUGCCGCGCGUCGCCCCCUCGGACCUCCUUUACGCGGUAUUCACGAGCGGGAGCACCGGCACCCCUAAGGGCUGCCAGAUCGAGCACGGCAGCUUCUGCAGCGCCGUGGUUUACCAGGAGCGGGUGAUCGCGCCGCUGCGGCCGGGCGCGCGCGUCUACGACCUGUCGUCGUACUCGUUCGACGCGUCCAUCUGGAUGAUCCUGCGCUCGCUGGCGGCCGGGGCGACGCUGUGCGUGCCGAGCGAGCAGGAGCGCCGCGACGACCUCGAGGGCAGCAUGCGGCGCUUCCGCACCACCGACGUCGCCAUGACCCCCUCCACCGCGCGCCUGCUGCACCCGCCGCGCCUUCCGACCCUGCGCCACCUGCACGUCGGCGGCGAGGCCGUCACCCGCGCCGACGCCGCGCGCUGGACGCCCUUCGCCGCCGUCUUUGUCGGCUACGGCCCCUCCGAGUGCAACGCCGCUGCCGUCUGGUACAGGGUGCCCGCCGUCGACGCGCCCUCGCCCCUGCCCAUCGGCAAGGGCACCGGCGUCUCCACUUGGGUCCUGGACCCGGCGUCCUCAGAGCGCCUGAUGCCCGUCGGCGCCGUCGGCGAGCUGUACCUGCAGGGCCCGCUGGUCGGCCGCGGCUACCUCGGCGACCACGAGACCACCGCCGCCGCUUUUAUAGACUCCCCGGGCUGGCUGGUGCGGGGCAGUCCCGACGGCAGCGUCCCGGGGAGGAGCGGCGCGCGCCUGUACAAGACUGGAGACCUCGUGCGCUACAACGCCGACGACGGGUCGCUCGUGUUUUUGGGCCGCAAAGACGCCCAGGUCAAACUCCGCGGGCAGAGGAUCGAGCUGGGCGAGGUCGAGCACCACCUCCGCCAGUGCCUCGCUGCCGAGUUUGCCGAGCCCAGCGUUGCCGCCGAGGUUGUGGUGCCUGCCGCGACGGGGAGUGCGACCCUCGCCGCCUUUGUCCAGAUCCCCGCCGGCGAGCGGCCGCGGUUCCAGGAGGCGAUCCGUGGUCUCGAAGACGCCCUGAAGAAGCGCCUUCCCACGUACAUGGUCCCGUCCGCUUACAUCCCCCUCGAGGCCAUCCCGCUGGCACCCAGCGGCAAGACGGACCGCAAGGCUCUGCGCGGGCUGGGCGUUGGUCUGACGCUGGAGCAGCUGGACGGCGGCGGCGACGAUGAUGAAAACGCCGAGGUGACGGGCUUGGCCAUCCGUCUUCGGGAGAUGUGGGCGGCCCUGCUGCCGGUGCCCAUCGACAAGAUCCGCGCAAACAGCAGCUUCCUGCGGGUCGGCGGGGACUCCAUCUCCGCCAUGCGCCUUGCGGCCCUGGCGCGCACGGGUGGCUUUUCGUUAAGCGUUGCCAACAUCCUCCGCAACCCGGUGCUGUGCAAAAUGGCAGAAACCAUGGCCGAUCUACGGCAGCAAGACGGCGACCUCGAGAACAUGGCCAUUCCGGCCUUUUCGCUGCUCAAGACCACCAAGGACGCCGCGCUUGCCGUCCUGACUAGUCAGUGCAGGGUCGAGGCCUCCCAGAUCCAAGACGCCUUUCCGUGCACGGGGGUGCAAAAGUCCCUCCUGUCCAUGACGGCCAAGUCCGAGGGCUCUUCCUACAUUGCGCGGUUCCUCCUGCGCCUCAGGCCCGGCACCGACGCCCGCCGUCUGAGGCAGGCCUGGGAGGACGUGAGCCGCACCGCCGCGCCCAUCCUGCGGUACAGAAUCGUAGACCUCCCGCGCGAGGGCCUGGUGCAGGUGCAGAUCGACGAGGCCCUGGAGUGGGACGCGUACGAGUCCGUCGAGGCGUGCCUGGGCCGCGACGGCCAGAGGGGCAUGGGGCUCGGAGACCGGCUGACUCGCCUGGCGCUCGUGCAGGACGAAGAGGGGCCGUGUUGCGUCCUGACCCAGCAUCACGCCAUCUACGACGGCUACUCGAUGGAUUUGCUGCUCGACCAGGUGGCCAGGGCCUACGCGGGAACCGACGACGAGGGCCCCCUUGCCCCUUUUCAAGCCUUUGUCAAGGAGUACGUGGUGGACGCCAACCAGCAAGAGGCGAGAGACUUUUGGCGCGGGCAGUUUGCCGAGUCGGAAGCCGUGCCGUUUCCAGCCCUGCCCAGCGCGGACUAUCGACCCAGGGCCGACAGCACCGUAAAGCGGCACAUUGGCGGGCUCGCGUGGCCCAAGAGGAAUGCCACGGCAUCCACAGUGAUACGAGCCGCCUGGUCGGUCCUCACCUCCCGCUACACCGACUCCCACGACGUCGUCUUUGGCGCCAUGGUCACGGGCCGCCAGGGCUCGCUCCCCGGCAUCGGCCGCAUGAUCGCGCCGCUGAUCAACGCGGUGCCCCUGCGCGUCAGGCUCGACCCGGCAGCCCGCCUGGAGCAGCUGCUGGACCAGCUGCAGAGCCAGGCCGUCGCCAUGAUCCCGCACGAGCACACCGAGGUGCUCGACAUCCGCCGCCUGGGCGGGCCCGCCGAGCAGGCCAGCCGCUUCAACACGCUGCUCGUGGUGCAGCCCGCCGGCCGCCCCGAGUACACGGCGGGCGGCGCCGACGGACCCUUUGCGGCCGCGCCCGAAUCCCUCUCCAGCCGCGACGGGCUCGACGACUUCAACCCCAACGCCGUCAUGGUCAUGUGCCAGCUCGCGGGCGGCGGCGAGGUCGACAUCGAGCUCAGCUUCGACUCGGGCGUGAUCGACCCUGUGCAGAUGGCCCGCCUCGCCGCCCAGUUCGAGCACGUCCUGCGCCAGUUCUGCAGCGGCGGCGCCGCAAGCGUCCGGGACGUCGACCUCGUCAGCCCGCAGGACCUCGCCGAGGUCUGGAGGUGGAACGCCCAGGUCCCGGCCGCCGUGCCGAGGUGCGUGCACGAGCUCGUCGAGGCCACGGCGCGUCGCCAGCCGGAGGACUGCGCCGUCUGCGCGUGGGACGGCAGUCUUUUGUACUCGGAGCUCGAGGCGCUCUCGCGCAGGCUCGCCCUCCGCCUGGCGGCGCUGGGGGUUGGCAGGGGCACGACGGUCCCGCUGUGUUUUGAAAAGUCCGUGUGGUACCCCGUGGCGGCCCUGGCGGUGAUGCGAGCGGGAGGGGCGUGUCUUGCCAUGGACUCGACCCAGCCCGAAGCACGGCUGAGAUCCAUUGUCCAGCAGGUCGGCCCCAAGCUGAUCUUGUCUUCCGCCAGCACUGAGGAGCUGGCAAGCCGCCUGUCUGAUGAUGCUGUGGUGUUGAGCGUGGAUGCGCAUAAAAUCAAACAACUUCCUGAAUCCACUGUGGAUGGCGACCCAAGUCUCCCCAAAACUUCCCCAACAGACGUGCUCUACAUCGUCUUCACCAGCGGCUCGACAGGCGUUCCCAAGGGCAUCGUAACCACGCACCAAAACUUUGCCUCUGCGGCCGCCCACCAGGCCGACAUGCUGCACAUCCGCCGGGGCACGCGCGUCUUCGACUUUGUCUCGUACAACUUUGACGUGUCCUGGUCCAACCACCUGCAGACCCUCAUCAGCGGCGGCUGCCUGUGCAUCCCCUCCGAGUCGGACCGCCGAAACGACAUCGCAGGCGCCUUCAACCGCCUGCGCUGCGACUACUCCUACUUCACGCCCUCCGUGGCCAAAUCCCUGGACCCCUCGGCGCUGCCGGGCCUGCGCACCCUCGCCAUGGGCGGCGAGCCCAUCCAAAACACCGAGGUGGCGCGCUGGACGUCGGCGCAGGUCGAGACGGUCAUCGGCAUCUACGGGCCGGCCGAGUGCGCGCAGGCGCUGACCUUUGCGCUCCUGACCCCGGCCACGAGGAACAACCACGUCGGGCGGCCCUACGGCGCCAACGUGUGGCUCGUCGAGCCCGGCCGCCCCGACAGGCUUGCCGGCGUCGGCACCACGGCCGAGCUGGCCAUCGAGGGCCCCACGCUGAGCAGUGGCUAUUUUGGCGACGCGGCCGGGUCCGCCGCCGCGUACGUCGAAACCCCCGCCUGGCUGUCGCACGGCGCCGAGGGCCACGCGCCGCGGCGGGGCACCGUGUACAUGACGGGGGAUCUGGCGCGGUACGGCGCGGACGGCUCGCUGGACUUUAUCGGCCGCAAGGACGCGCUGGUCAAGCUCCGGGGUCAGCGCGUCGAGCUGGCCGAGGUGGAAUACCACGUCGCCGCGUGCCUGCGGGAGGGCGGUCCCUGCGUCGGCAUCGCGGCCGAGAUUGUCACGCCCAAGAACGGCAGCAGCCCCAUCCUGACUGUGUUUUUGAGCGUCGGGGAUUCCGAGACCCCAAAGGAGACAGAACCACAGGAGACAGAGGCCAAGCUGGUGCAGAUCCUUCAAGACCUGGAGCAGCUGCCAGACCGUGUGCCGCAAUACAUGGUCCCAGGAGCCUACAUUUCCAUCCCCCAGAUCCCCAUGACCACCACCAACAAAACCGACCGCCGCGCCCUGCGGGAGCUCGGCGGCAGCAAGACCCUUGAAGAGCUCACGCGGCUGCAGCUCCGCGGCAGAGACCGCCGCGCGCCCGACACCCCCAUGGAGAGGCGCCUGCGAGACCUGUGGUCCGCGGUCCUGCAGAUCGACCCGGCCAGCAUCGGCGCCGACAGCAGCUUCCUCCGCAUCGGCGGCGAGUCCAUCGCCGCCAUGCGCCUCGUCGCCGCCGCCCGCGCCGCUGGCCUGUCCCUAACCGUCGCGCACAUUUUCAAGGCCCCGCGGCUCUGCGACCUCGCCCUGCUGGUUAAGGAGGUCGGGAGCGGCGCCGACGAACAAAUCCCGCGCGUUAGGCCGUUUGCCUUGUUGAAAACCCAAGAUCCCGAGGCCUUUGUCGCACGAUAUAUUGCGCCGGCUGUGGAGGGCGGACGACCGGCCGUUCAGGACGUGGUCCCCGCCACUGACUUCCAGGAGCAGUCCGUUGCGGAUGCGCUGCAGGACCCUCCGGGCCGAUACCCUCAUUGGACGUUCGACCUGCCCACCGACGUGGACUUUGCCCGGCUGCGACAGGCGUGCGUUGAACUCGUCAACCACUACGACAUACUACGUUCAGUGUUUGUGCGGGCCGAGGGGCGGCUGUGGCAGGUUGUGCUCGCGAGCCUCGAUCCAGCAUACGACACCAUCGACGCCGGCGACGCCGACAUGGCGACUCUGGUCAACUCGGUCUGCGAGCAAGACAUCAAGCGCCCCCGCGUGCUGGGCCGCUCGUUUAUCAGGUUCAUCGCGGUCAAGCACGCGUCGGGCCGGCACAAGUUCAUCUUCCGCAUCUCCCACGCCCAGUUCGACGGCUUCAGCUGGGUCUCGGUUCUCGAGACCCUGUGGUCCAUCUACCGCGGGGACCCCCCUGCCGCCGGCCCGAGCUUCACCCAAUACGUCGCCCACGCCGAGUCCACGAGGGCCGAGGCGCAAAGCUACUGGCGGUCUCUGCUGCGCGGCUCGCCCGCCCCCGUGGGCACGAGGCCGAACCUGCCCUCCGCCGCCGCCGGCAGCAGCAGCAAUCUCUGCAGUCCCGCCAACCACCUCACGGUCAAGGAGACCAUCGCGGUGCGCAGCAGCGCGCAGGACCGCAGCCGGGACGGCGCGUCGCUCGCCACGCUGUUCCACGCCGCCUGCGCCCUGGUGCUGGCGCGCCGGCACAAGCUGCGAGAAGUCGUGUUUGGCCGGCUGGUCACGGGCCGGUCCAUGCUGCCCGGCCGCCUGCAGGAGGUCGUGGGGCCGACCAUGGCCGAGGUGCCGAUCCGCGCGGUGGUUGAGGCCGACGACACCGUCGCCGCGGUGGCGGCGCGGCUGCAGGCGCAGUUCAUCGAGGGCGCGGCCCACGAGGCCGUCGGCAUGGUCCGCAUCAUCGAGGGCUGCAGCGGCUGGGCCGCCGAGGGCGUGCGGGACUUUGGCUGGCGCACCGCGUUCCAGCAGCCCGAGGACGGCCGCUCGAGCUUCCUGGGUCGCCCCAGCGGCGUUGGCUUCUACGAGGGCGCCGUGCCGUCGCGCGUGCGGUCCGAGAUUUACGCCACGCCCGUCCAUGGCGACAGGUUGGAGCUGGAGUUUGAAGGGAAUAAAAGGUUUGUUUCUGAGGAGGACGUCAGGGAGGUCUUUGCUGGGCUUCGGGAUGCCUUGAGCUAG